AGCAAAUUUUUUUCCAUCAAAGGUUUUCAAUUGAGCCCGAAAUUCCCAAAAUGCCUCGCCUUCUGAUGGCAAGACAUUAAUGAAUGUUGAAAGCUUCCUUGUCUGGGCGCGUGUUGCUAAGAAGAUUAACAACAUUGACAUGGUCGUGUCCAUGUAGAGCGAGCAUGCUGUUUGGAACUAAAGUCAAUGCUCACGCCAUUGCUAUGCUUAUAACAUUCACACGCCAACAACACUCACUUCCCAUUCACUUCACCGUUACCUCCUUCCACCGCCUCAAGUCUCCACCCAAUCUUCACGAAGCCAGAACGUUGCACGCUCUUCUUCUCGUUUUGGGUUUCUUUCAACCCACGUGUCCUCAUUCAUCAUCCUUUGCUUCCCAACUUGUCAAUGUCUAUGUCAACUUUGGUUCCCUCCAACACGCGUUUCUCACCUUCCGUGCACUGCCUCACAAACCCAUCAUUGCUUGGAACGCCAUACUCAGAGGUCUGGUUGCUGUUGGCCACUUCACCAAAGCCAUUCACUUUUAUCACUCCAUGCUCCAACAUGGUGUGACACCUGAUAACUACACAUACCCUCUUGUCCUCAAGGCUUGUUCUUCCUUGCAUGCACUGCAAUUAGGAAGAUGGGUUCAUGAGACCAUGCACGGUAAAACAAAGGCUAAUGUUUACGUUCAGUGUGCUGUGAUUGACAUGUUUGCUAAGUGUGGAAGCGUUGAGGAUGCACGUAGGAUGUUUGAGGAAAUGCCGGAUAGAGACUUGGCCUCGUGGACUGCCUUGAUAUGUGGGACCAUGUGGAAUGGUGAGUGUCUUGAAGCACUUUUGCUAUUCAGAAAGAUGAGAUCGGAAGGUCUGAUGCCUGAUUCGGUGAUUGUGGCGUCUAUCUUACCGGCAUGUGGAAGAUUGGAGGCUGUGAAAUUGGGGAUGGCGUUGCAGGGCUGUGCCGUGAGGAGUGGCUUUGAGAGUGAUUUGUAUGUCUCCAAUGCUGUGAUAGACAUGUACUGUAAAUGCGGUGACCCACUUGAGGCCCAUCGCGUGUUUAGUCACAUGGUUUAUAGCGAUGUAGUUUCUUGGAGUACCUUGAUUGCUGGCUACUCACAAAACUGCCUAUACCAAGAGAGUUAUAAACUGUAUAUUGGAAUGAUAAAUGUGGGUUUAGCAACAAAUGCGAUUGUUGCCACGAGCGUUCUUCCUGCUUUGGGAAAACUCGAGUUGUUGAAACAAGGGAAGGAGAUGCACAACUUUGUUCUUAAAGAAGGACUCAUGUCUGAUGUUGUUGUAGGAAGUGCAUUGAUUGUUAUGUAUGCUAAUUGUGGGUCUAUCAAGGAAGCAGAGUCAAUAUUUGAGUGCACGUCAGAUAAGGAUAUCAUGGUGUGGAAUUCAAUGAUAGUAGGGUAUAAUUUAGUUGGUGACUUUGAGUCAGCAUUCUUUACUUUCAGAAGAAUUUGGGGAGCUGAACAUAGGCCAAAUUUCAUUACUGUAGUAAGUAUCCUUCCUAUAUGCACCCAAAUGGGAGCUCUUAGACAGGGAAAGGAAAUCCAUGGUUAUGUGACCAAGAGCGGUCUAGGAUUAAAUGUUUCUGUGGGAAACUCUCUAAUAGACAUGUACAGCAAAUGCGGAUUUCUAGAACUCGGAGAGAAGGUCUUUAAACAGAUGAUGGUAAGGAAUGUCACAACAUAUAACACUAUGAUCUCGGCCUGUGGAUCUCAUGGCCAGGGUGAAAAAGGUUUGGCAUUUUAUGAGCAAAUGAAGGAGGAAGGAAAUAGACCAAACAAAGUCACUUUUAUUUCACUGUUAUCUGCAUGUAGUCAUGCAGGUCUCCUUGAUAGAGGGUGGUUGUUGUAUAAUUCAAUGAUUAAUGAUUAUGGAAUUGAGCCAAAUAUGGAACACUACUCGUGCAUGGUGGAUCUCAUUGGUAGAGCAGGAGAUCUUGAUGGUGCAUACAAGUUCAUCACAAGGAUGCCUAUGACACCAGAUGCCAAUGUCUUUGGGAGCUUACUAGGUGCUUGUCGACUUCACAACAAAGUGGAACUGACUGAGCUUCUUGCAGAGCGUAUUUUACAAUUGAAAGCUGAUGAUUCAGGCCACUAUGUUCUUUUGUCAAAUUUAUAUGCCUCUGGGAAAAGAUGGGAAGACAUGUCAAAGGUGAGAAGCAUGAUAAAAGAUAAAGGGUUGGAGAAAAAACCAGGAAGUAGCUGGAUUCAGGUGGGUCACUGCAUUUAUGUUUUCCAUGCUACCAGUGCCUUUCAUCCUGCGUUUGCAAAGAUUGAGGAGACUCUGAAUAGCUUAUUGUUAGUGAUGAAAAGUGAAGACUAUAUGUUAACCAACGUUAAUGAUAAACUUUUAACGUGAAGUGAAUAUGAUAUCCUCAAA